AUGGAUAUCCUAAAAGCAGAGAUAAUGAAAAAACGUAAACAAUUAGAGGAAAGCAAUGUUCUGCAGAAUAACAAAAAAUAUUUCAAAAGAAGUGACUUAAUAUCAAAAGAUACAGAAAUAAAGGAAGUGCUAAAGAACAGUGAUAAAGAUAUGAACAUAAGCAUAACUCAACAACAAGAGGAAUGUGUAACGGAUGGUAGUUCUGAGCAUUUAACUUUACCUAGACAUGAAGUGAUUAAAAGAUUACGUGAAAGGAGUGAACCUAUAUUCCUAUUUGGAGAAUCAGAGAUAGAAGCGUUUAAACGAUUAAGAAAAUGUGAAAUUCUAGAACCUGAAGUAAACAAGGGUUUCAGAAAUGACUUCCAAGAAGCAAUGGAACAAGUGGAUCAGGCAUAUUUGAAUGAGAUAUUGGCUUCUUCAAAACCACAGGAUCGCAAUGGAAAAGGAGAUGUACAUGUACCAGAUGAGGGAGUUACCUAUGAAGACUUACAGAAGAUGUCUGUUAAAUUAAACAAGGGUGACAGGGACUUUGAUUUAAAUGUCAUUACACAAUUCAUACAAUUCUUAGUGCAAAUGUGGGGUAAUCAACUAAAUAGUAGAAGUACUGCAGAAAAGAUGAGUACUAGAGGAAAAAUGGCUAGUGCAACUUAUGCCCAAACCAGGGAGUAUCUGAAACCACUUCUUAGAAAAUUAAAAAAUAAAUCUUUACCAGAGGAUAUUACUGAUAGUUUAACUGACAUAGUCAAACAUUUACUGGAACGCAAUUAUAUACUGGCAAGUGAUGCAUACUUACAAAUGGCUAUAGGAAAUUCUCCAUGGCCUAUAGGAGUAACUAUGGUCGGUAUUCACGCGCGUACUGGAAGAGAAAAGAUUUUCUCCAAAAAUGUGGCUCACGUAAUGAACGACGAAACUCAAAGAAAGUAUAUUCAAGCAUUGAAAAGAUUAAUGACUAAAUGUCAAGAGUAUUAUCCAACAGAUCCGUCUCGCUGUGUAGAAUAUUCAAAGACAUAA